UUUCAUUUCUCUGCCAAAACCAAAGCUCAAUCUUACAACCCUUUCCUGCUAACUGAUCACCGAUCGAUUCCACUCUAAAGACAAUUUUCCUCUGUCAUGCAAUAGAUCUUAUUUUCUUGUUCCAACAUUGAACAUUAUAAAAGGAAAUCCAAAGCUAGAAAGGAGCGUUCACUCAACUAAAAUCAAAGUAAGAUCAAAGCACCAUCCAAACUCACCACUCUUCUUUUUUAUCUUGUUUGAACUUCUAAGGCAUCUCCCCUGCUUUUAGCAUUGGAAGGUACUUAUUUUAUAUUCACAUAUGUGCUGCUGAUUUUAAUUUACAUAUACAUACAUGUCUGCCUUUUCUUCUUUUUCAUCUUUUCAAAUAUUGUAGCUGCUUCCUUUGAGUUCUGAAUCAAAUUUACUGAAUUUAAUUUUGAUUAGAUGCAAAUAUUUCUUGUUAUUUCCUAUUUAGUUAUUUCCUAAUUUCAUCGGAGAAGAAAAAAAUUUUCAAAUUUUAUUUAUUAUCUUGUUAUUAUUUUUUCAUGAGUUAUCUUAUUUUUUUAAUUAAAUCUGUGUAGUUUAAUUUCAUAGACACAGUUAUUUCUUGUUCUUUCUUGUUACUAUCUUUUAGUUAUUUCAUGAUAAGUUGAAAGACUCCUCUUUUCUUUCCUUUUCUUUCUCCAACUACUUUGUUUCGUUGAUUUCACAUUCACACUGACAUCAAAUUGACGACAGAAGACAGAAGAAGCUUAUGUUGACUCCUCGAUGACUGGUGCUGCCCCAGCAGGUCUGCUUUAUUUUUCUACCUCCUUCCAGGAAAAGGGACAUCCAUCAGCGCAACAUGCUAAUUCCAAGUUAAAAACUAGGCGUCAAUAAUGUUUUGAAAAAAAAUUUAAGAAGUUAUGAGUUUUAAAAUUUUAAUCUUCACCUUUAAUUAAAAUAUUUAAAACAUUUUACCUUCUUUGAUUAAAAUUAUAAUCUUUAUUCGUCUUAUUAAAUAGUAAAUAAUUUUUGAUCAUUUUUUAUUUUUUUAAAAAAAAUUAUCAUUAUAUUACUUAUAUAAUUCAAACUAUAUAUAUAUAUUUUUUUUGAGGGAAAUUCAAACUAUAUUUUUUAACCCUUAAAUGAUAGUAACAGGGAAUCUGACCAUAAACCUUUAUCCUUUGUCAAACAGUGAUAUGAGCGACAGCAGGUGUUGAUUACAGCUGGAUUCACGAGCUCUGCUUUUCUUUGCCUCUUCUUUCUAUAUUCUAUAUUGUAUAUGGUCCCCGUUCCUUGACCAAAGUCACACCUCGCGUGGUUAAAAACUCUGCAAUCUCUGCGACUCUCCCCCAAACACUCAAAAGGCUCUCACUCUGUUUUUUUCGCAGAAGCAGCUAAAGGGAAACGUAUGCUCCUGACUAGCCUCUGUUUUUUUUCUUUUUUUUCACCUUUUUUGGUUUAACACAAACAUAAUUAGUUUAGUUUCUUUGUAAAUCUUAAUCAUAUAUAGAUGAUCUACUUAGUAAUGGCAAGUACUAAAAGACAAACCAAAAA